CCAUUCCACCCGAGAGCGCGAGUGGCUGUGAUAAACGGUUUCCAGUGUCUCGCGGGAGACUGAAUGGGGGGAAAGAAGAAGAAGAAGCGAAAUGAGGUCGUGGUGCUGGCCGCGGCGGCGUCCCGGAUCCAGCACCCUGGCGGAGCCGAGCCUGCAGCUGAUAGACAAAAUCAGAUCCCACGGCCAACGACUGCUAAACCGAGCACGAAGGAAGUUAAAGCCAAAGCAGGUCCAAAGACAUAUAGCUUUGGCGCAACCUCCACAAAUGAACUGGGUACUACUGGAAAUUUGGAUAGAUCCAUUCUUAAGGUGAUCAUUAAGCCUGAACUGGAACAAAAAAUUAUAAGGUUGAUCAACCAAUUCAAAACGCAACAUAGCAAAUCAGGAACCAUUUCUGGAAGGCUCACAGCUAAAAAGUUGCAGGACCUGUACACAGCUUUGCAACGAUUUUCCUUCCGUGCAGAGGACAUUGAAGAAGCCAUGAAAAAUACUGUCAUUUAUGGUGGGGACCUUCAUUCUGCUUUGGACUGGUUGUGUUUAAAUCUUCCUGAUGACACGUUACCUGAUGGGUUCAGUCAGAAAAUGCAGCAGGAAGAGAUUAAGACAAAGCCCAAGUUUCAGAUGCCUACAAAAGCUGCAACAAAACAUGAAGUAUCUGAGGGUCAAAGGAGUGAUCAGAAGCCCCAGGCCAAGGCAGCUGAAAAUCAAAGCGCACAAGUUAGCAUGAAGGAAUGGAUUUUGCAAUAUGCUGAAAAAGCAAAUAAUAGCGGUGACGAUGACAAUGGCGAUCAGGAUAAUGAAAUACCUGAGGCAGCUUCUGAAAAGGAAGAACACUUUGAUCCAAAUGAUCUUUACUUGGAACUGACAGCAAAAUUACUUGAUACCAAAGAGCGGGCUCUGUCCUUUAAACAGAGCAAUAACAAACAUGCUCACAGAGAAGCAGGUGAUAGAAUUAAGAUACUGCAACAGGAGAUUAAACAGUUGGAGAAACAUCCUGCUUUUGAUCCUUCAAUAAAGAUGGUAGAUCUAAAGAAGAAUGACAGAAGCUCCGCCAGGCUUAAUGAUGAUAAGCAUGAAGCUGCCCUUAACUUAACUUUGCUGGAAGAAUCUGCAACAAAAUUAAAAGAGGAAACUAUUAUAGCGAAAAAUGAGCCAAAGGAUGUACGGAACUUUGACUAUACUUCACGAAGUUGGACAGGAAAAUCUCCCAAGCAGUUUCUGAUUGAUUGGUGCCGGAAAAACCUUCCCACAAGUCCAGCUCCGAACUAUCGUAAAAUUUCUGUGGGUAGAUUCUGGAAGUGUAGUGUAAAAAUAAAUAGGCAGAAAGAUGGAAUACUGGAAGUAUGUCCCACAAUUCUCACGGAAGAUUCCAUGCAGGCCCAACAUCUUGCAUCUACAUUGGCCCUGUGGCAUUUAGUCAGAGGACAGGCAAUACAUCAGUUGCUCCCACCUACAUAUAGGGAAGUGUGGAUUGAUUGGAGUGAAGCUGAGAAGAAGAAAACUGAAAAAAGGCAGAUAGAAAGGAAUAAACCACGAGAACAAUUCAUCACCAGACUGUUAAACACACUAAAACAAAAACCAUCCACUUGUAUUUCAUCAACAGCAGAUGAUCCAGAAGACUCCUGGGAGAAUUUAAUAACUGAGGAUGACUUCAGAAACCUAUCUAUUGAUAAGGAGAGGGCAGAUAAUUUGGACUCAGCAAAGAUUAUUUUAAAAAACUUGCAGAGUUCUGUCAAAUUUCAUAAGCUUUUGAAAGACAGGCAACUGUUACCUGUCUUUCAACACAGAAUGCAAAUACUUGAAACUCUGAGAAGACAUCGAGUCGUGGUUGUAGCAGGUGAAACAGGCAGCGGGAAGAGUACUCAAAUUCCUCAAUUCCUUUUGGAAGAUUUACUAUCGAGUGAGACUACAAAAUGCAAUAUUAUUUGUACCCAACCUCGAAGGAUUUCAGCAGCGAGCCUGGCAACAAGGGUUUGUGAAGAACUCGGUUGUGAAGAAGGUCCUGGAGGAAAAAAUUCUCUUUGUGGUUAUCAAAUCAGACUGGAAACAAAAGUUGGGGAAUCAUCCAGGCUUUUAUACUGUACCACUGGUGUCCUCCUGCGGAAACUGCAGCAAGAUGCGCUUCUUACCAGUGUGUCUCAUGUCAUUGUGGAUGAGGUUCACGAGAGGAGUGUGCAGUCAGAUUUUCUGUUAAUCAUCUUGAAGGAGUUAAUGCAAAAGCGUUCCAAUUUAAACCUAGUUUUGAUGAGUGCAACUGUGGACAGUGAUAAGUUUGCAAAGUACUUUGGACACUGUCCCGUUAUCAAUAUCCCUGGGAGAAUUUAUCCAGUACAGGUUUUUCAUUUGGAAGAUGUGGUAGAAGAGACUGGCUACAUAUUGGAAAAGGAUUCUGAAUAUUGUCAACAAUUUUUGGAGGAGGAGGAAGAAGUCAAUCUGUCUGUCACUGGCAAAGGAGGAAGAACCUUUCAGCAUCAGGAAUAUUUUGUUAAAGGGACAAGACCUGAGCAUAAUUUGGAACUUGACCUUGAAAAGUACAGUAGUCGUACUUGUCAUGCUAUUCAGUACAUGCAUCCAACUAAAAUAAAUGUGGAUCUCAUCUUGGAGCUCAUUAACUUCUUGGAAAAAAGUGCCCCGUUCAGAGAAAUUCAUGGUGCAGUGUUAGUAUUCUUACCAGGUCUGGCUUAUAUUCAACAACUUCAUGAUCUUCUAACUACAGACAAAAGGUUCCGAGACAGGAAAAGGUACAGAGUGAUUGCUUUGCACUCCAUCCUUUCAUCACAAGAUCAAGCUGCAGCUUUCACAGUUCCACCUCAAGGGGUCAGGAAGAUUGUUCUGGCAACGAACAUUGCAGAAACAGGUAUCACAAUACCUGAUGUAGUUUUUGUCAUUGAUUCUGGAAAGACUAAAGAAAACAGGUACCAUGAAAGUAGCCAAAUGAGCUCAUUGGUGGAGACCUUUAUCAGCAAAGCUAAUGCGCUUCAGCGGCAGGGUCGAGCUGGGCGUGUCAGAGAGGGAUUCUGUUUUCGUUUGUAUACACAAGAAAGGUACGACAGUUUCAUAGAUUACUCUGUCCCAGAAAUCUUACGCGUGCCGCUGGAAGAACUUUGUCUUCAUAUCAUGAAAUGCAAUCAUGGACCUCCAGAAGAUUUUCUUGCCAGAGCUUUAGAUCCACCACAACUCCAGGUCAUUAGUAAUGCUAUGAACCUGCUGAAGAAAAUAGGAGCCUGUGAAAUCAACGAAGCUAAGCUGACUCCAUUAGGUCAACAUCUUGCUACGCUUCCAGUAAAUGUGAAAAUUGGGAAAAUGUUGAUUUUUGGUGCCAUUUUUGGCUGUUUGGAACCUGUGGCAACUAUUGCUGCAGCCAUGACUGAGAAAUCUCCCUUUGUUACUCCAAUAAAUGGAAAAGAAGAAGCUAACCUUGCAAAAGCAGCUUUGGCAUUGGCUAAUUCAGAUCAUCUCACUGUUUACAAUGCAUAUUUAGGAUGGAAGAACAUAAGAUGUGAUGGAUAUCGUGCUGAAAUGACUUACUGUAAGAAACAUUUCCUGAGUAGGACUGCACUUCUAACAAUGGAGGAUAUCAAACAAGAACUCAUCAAGCUGAUGGAAACAGCAGGUUUUGUGUCACCAAGAACCAGAAAAACUAAGCAUCAAAGUUGCAGUAAAGAGCCCUGGGCUGAACACCCUAAAAGGAGCUUAGAAAAGGAGUUCCCCCUUCUUAAAGCUGUACUAACAGCAGGACUAUAUGACAAUAUUGGGAAGAUUAUUUACACUCCAUCAGUGGACAUCACUGACAAGGUGAUUUGUUCUGUAGAAACUGCACAAGGUAAAGCACAACUGCAUCCUUCAUCUGUCAACAGGGAUCUGCAGACCAAUGGCUGGCUUUUGUACAAAGAGAAGGUGAAAUAUGGCAAGGUAUAUGUGCGAGAGACAACUCUGACUUCACCUUUUCCAGUCUUGCUGUUUGGUGGUGAUAUAGAGGUGAUGCACCGUGAAAGAUUACUUACAGUUGAUGGAUGGAUACAUUUCCAGGCUCCUGUAAGGACAGGAAUCAUUUUUAAGGAACUGAGAUUCUUAAUUGAAUCUGUUCUGCUGAAGAAACUUGAAGAUCCAAAAAUGUCAAUUGAAGAUGACGAGAUAAUACAGAUAAUUAUGGAACUGAUCAAGACUGAACAUGCUGACUGAAAUAAAGGUUCUGAAGAAAAAAAGAUGAAGACAUUUAUCUGAUGGUAUGAUAACUGUGCAAGGAUUGGCAAUCACUGAUGAGGUUCCACAGGACUGGAAGCAAAUAAAUAUAACUAUAUUUAAAAAGGACAACAAAACUGAAUGAGGCCUCUUAGCCUAACAGUGACAGCUAAUGUAAUGAAAUCUAAUCUGGAGCAUAACUAUGGAAGAACAAAAGACAGCCAGAAGGAAAUGUGCUGUCCUGAAACUAAUGUCUUUGUUUUGUGUAUGUUUCAGGUAAGUAUAGGCACAGCAUCUCAAACCCAGCUCUCCAAAAGAAGUGAUGUCCAAAAGCUGCCCUGCAUAAAUUUUAAUUAUUAUUCAACGCAUUCAUCAGGACAAUUUACAAGAAAAUGAUUGUCAGAAGAAACAGCAAAUUUAUACUCUAUGCGCAGAGAGUACUGAUUUGUUGGCAAGUAGAUUCUGAUUGGUAGAGUUGUUGCUAUGGAGAUUUAAACCUGGCUGCCUGACUCUGGUCAAGACAUUGCCCAGGGGAACGAACCAUCCAAUGGUUGUCACUUAUUUUGUUUAGCUGAA